AUGGUGAACUUAUACAAAAAGGAGACAAUCAAGUUAACUAAAAAAUGGAUCAACAGGAACAAAUCUUUACUUAGAAAGUUGCUGGCAUUUGGUGCACUGCUCCAUAUUUGUGGCAACAUUUUAACGUCGGGGAUAUUUCUGUAUACAUCGUAUCGGAACUAUCCAGGUGGCGAGGCAUUGCGGAGAUUUCAUGAGAUCGAAGCACCAACAUCAGCUGUACAUGUACAUAUUGAUGUGGCCGCGGCACAGACAGGAAUAACAAGAUUUGGUCAAAUGUAUCUCGAUUGGAUAUAUAAUAAAACUGAAGACUUGGUGCCAGGGGGGUCAGAAAUGAUGUCAUAUUCUCAUCUUAUAAUUGGAAAUUCUACUAACUUAAAAUAUUAUGAAAAUAGCCAUAUUGUAAUAGACACAGUGGAAGGAUUUGAUGGGUUACAUAUUGACAGAAAUAAGCUGCCAUUCUUCUUCUGGAAACAUAAACCCAAAAUGUGGAUACUGAAGAAAAUUUGAAGUGUGUUUAAAAAGUUAAUUUUCCAAAGAUACGAAGAUUAGACUCCUAUUUUCAUAUGUAGAUUAUUACAGGGUGGAUGAUCACAUGGCACUGGGUCACUGUUUAUGGUAUUU